AUGGCUUCUAUCACCGACGACAAACUUCCUGUGAAAGACAUACAUGAUACUGCGAUGGAUGUCGGCAAAGGAUCAGUUCGUGGGCAUACCGAAUACGACGAAUAUCUAGAUUUAUGCCGGGGGUUCACCGGUCACCGUCUACAAAAGCUUGUCCGGAAGGUCGAUUGGCAUGUUCUGCCGCAGUUGAUCAUAAUCUAUUUGAUGUCCUACGUCGAUCGUACUAAUGUUGGCAAUGCCAAAUUAUUUGGUGCGAUUCCAGAUAUGGGCAUGACGGGACAGGAUUGGAAUACUGCUCUCUCUGUGUUUUUUAUCACCUACGCGGCCGGUGGUGUACCUUCGAACAUCGCACUGAAACGAUUCGGCCCCAAGAUCUGGCUACCUAUACUCCUGGCAACCGUGUCAUUGGUCCUGAUAUUCUCAUCGAUGCAAAACAAUAGAGCUGGGUGGACAGCAUUUCGAGUGUUACUAGGAUUUUUCGAAGCGGGCAUCUUUCCCGGAUGUUCGUUCAUCUUGACAUAUUGGUAUUCGCCUGCUGAGAUUCACUCACGAAUGACAAUCUUCUACUGUGGUGCAUCCGCUGCCGGUGCUUUCUCUGGAAUCUUGGCUUACGGUAUUGGGCACCUGGACUACACUUGGGGAUUUCGUGGUUGGCGUUUCAUCUACUGCAUUGAAGGUCUCUUCUCGCUGCUUCUCGCACUGGCCGCUUUCUGGAUCCUCAACGACACACCGGCCAAGAUUACAAAGUGGCUCACUCCUGAAGAGAAGAAAUUCCUGAUUUUACGCAACCGGUAUGCAGCAGGUGGAGAAACCGGUAUCGCCGAAAAGGAAGAAUUUUCAUGGCAGGCUGUGAAGGAUGCCUUCACGUCAUUUCACAUCUACGCGGUAGCCUUAAUGGAGUUCACUCUUUGUGUUACUGUCUAUGGCUAUUCGUUCGUUCUACCCACCAUUAUCAAGAACCUGGGUUAUACGGCUGCUACUGCCCAGGUCAUGACAGCUCCGCCUUACAUCUUUGCGUGUAUCGUUACUGUCUUCUCGGGCUGGGCAGCAGACCGUUACAAGCAGCGGAUGCUUUCAGUCGUCUUGCCCAACAGUUUAGCUGCUUGCGGUUUUAUCAUUAUGAUGGUCACCUCCCGGUACCCUAACUUACCUGGAGUGACAUUGUUCGGAGUGUUUCUCACUACAGCUGGCCUGUAUCCUAUUUCGCCUGCUGUGACAGCUUGGAUUGCACUCAACUGUGCCGGUUCAAUGAAGCGUGCCGUGGGCAUCGGAGCCAUGAUCUCGUUUUCUCAACUCGGAGGGAUUGUGGGCUCUAACAUCUACAUCGCUGGCCAAUCCCCUACCUAUCCGGUCGGGUUUGGCAUCUCUCUUGGGAUGCUUGUUGUUUUCGGCAUUAUCUGGCCUGUCAUUUACUACUUCAUCCUGAAGGGAAUUAACAAGAAAAGGGCUGCAAUUCCAGUUGAGGAAAUCCAAGCCAAGUACUCUGAGCAACAGCUGUCAGAUAUGGGCGACCGCAGCCCACUGUUCAGGUAUUCCACAUGA